AUGGCCUUGUCACCCGCGUCGGCCUUCUUGGCCCCCCCGGAAGAGUUGGCCGUCUUGACGGCCACGCCGAGCAAGGCCCUGCUGCGCCUCAUGUGGGGGCUCCAGGGCACCCGCAUGCGCGCCAUCCAGGUUGCCGAUGAUCCCGCAGACCCUCUCUCACCCUGCGUGCCCUACUACAACGACCCGUGGUCCGCCAGGUGCCACCCCAUCUCUUACGAGCCCGCCACGGUGCCGGCCAUAACUACUAUAACAGUGCACGAGAUGACGCUCAAGCGUUGGAAGCAGUCGUGGCUAGAGUUCCACGACAACCACGACGGCGUCAUGGCUUCGGACGCCCAGAUGUCCCAGCUCACUACCGAGUUCCCCUACAACCACCUGAUCCAGUGCUGCGGCACCGACCGCCCGCCCGCCGUCCAGGGUAUAACCGUCCACGCGUCGGGACGCUACCUGAGCGUAGGCGACUACGUCAAUACCGUGUACCCCUGGCUUAUGAGUAUGCGCCCGCAGAUCCUCGCCGCCAUAUACGAGACGCAGCGCUACCCGGUCUCGUCUGGCUCUAUGUCGCUACAGAUCGACCAGUUCUCGCCCGCGUUCCUCAUGGUGUACCUGUCCCUGUCGGACGACCCGACCGAGUCGUACGAGGUCCGGUCGAGCAUAUCGCGGAGCGUCGGCAUUCUGCUCACCAACAUCGCCUAG